CCACCACCGCGACCCGGGGCUUAACGUGGUACGUCAGCCCUGCCUGCGCUCUGUUGACGACCUGUUUGGCAUCUCGGUUGACAGUGGCGAAUGACUGCGCAGAGAUGAUCAAUGGUACAUUACUUGUUUUUCAUGCUUUUUGAGCUCAGACUGUAUGUUUCUCGUGCGAACCCAGCUGAUAACAACUUGAGGAAUCACUCUGGCUGCGGGUAGGCAGAAAGAAGGGAAAACACCAUAAUAAAACGCCAAUCAUGCGCAUGGACCCGACGCACAACUGUUUCAAUCAACUGGCUGUGGGCACGGAGGGUGAGUAGCUUGUGGCUGAUACUCUUCAUGUUGGGUCGUGGAGUGAAACGGAAGUGGGGUGUCCAGGAGGCUCAGCCGGUAGGGGGUGUGGACGCUGCAGACCCCAACUCCGCCUCGGGUGUGUCCUACCUGCAGCAGAGGCAGCUGGUCCUCAGCCUGUGCCUGGACAAGCUGCAGGGUUGCCAGAUCGUCCAGGGUUGCCAGAUCCGCACAGAGCCCAGCCUGCACCGGUCAGUCCUGCUGGUGAACACGCUCCGGCAGAUACAGGAAGAGAUGAGACAGGAAGGGGAGGAGUCAAUGACCUUAACCGCUGCUGCUGCCCUGGCCGCUACAGGCCCCCUCCCUGCCCCUCCGGCCCCUCCGUUGCCGCAGAUCAUCAGCCUAGCGUGUGGAGCCCAGGCCUCGCUUCCUCCCAGUCCACCCCAGGACCUGUUUGACCUGAGCGGGUUGGACAGCGUCAGCAGCCUGCUUACCUGCCCGGGCUGCUCGGAGGAAGAGGAGGAGGAAGAGGCGGAGCUGGAGGUUUCUCUCGUCUCGUCGGCGUUUGCCUCCUCGGCAACGUCUACGCCCCUGCUGACCCCGGGUGACCCCGCGUCCUCGCCGGACGGUCGCCCGUCGCGCAGCUUCCACUCGCUCCUGGGCUCGUUCGAGCUGGUCAACUCGCCGGGCUACCUGUCGGACCUGGCGCUGGACGACAUCUUCGAGGACAUCGACACGUCCAUGUACGAUGCGUCGGACGUGUCGUCCAUCCUGGCGCUCGGUUCCUCGCGGGCGGCUUCGCUCGCCUCCCCCCUCUCUGGGCUGGACGACGGGGAGCUCAAGGUGGGCGCCAGCUGCCCUUCCUCAGCCACAUUACAGCUGUGCUUUUCUGAGGUCAGUGACCUGGACCACAUCAUGGAAGUCCUGGUGGGGUCAUAGACCCCCCCACCCCACCCCCUAGGGGGCAGCAAAGGGCUGGGGUGGGUGGACAUUGGCGUCCCAGGUUAUAGAGUUAGCUUAAUGAAAAGUGUAGGGCUCAGACCACAUCAUGAAGCCCCGUGGGUUUGAGUUCUACAGCCCCAAGGGGACCCUAAGGGGUGGACAGGAGUGACUGUGGUACCCCAGAGUAGCCCGCAGUAUCGGCAGGAAGACCUGGGGUACAUCUUGGAGGUACAGGCAGGGGUCAUAACUCUGGUGGGAUCAACUCAAAAUAGUGAUAGGGACUGUGGCACACCAGUGAACCACAUCCUAAAGGUGCUGGGCAGGUUGUCAGUUCCCCAGGGAGAGUGGUGGCCUGUGAGGGACACGGGACUGGGGCAACAUGUCUACUGACGACAGCAUGGAAGACCAGCAGAAGAAGAGAAGAGAGGAGAACCAGGUAGAGGCAUUUGCAGUCUGCAUCAUCUGCUAAAUACACUUUGUUUUUCUACGGAUAUGCGAAAUACUCUAAUGAAGUCAACAGUUUUCUGAAGUUCUCUGUCAUCAUGUGUGGAACUGUGCUUUGUCCAUGUUAAUAUCUGGUCUGAUGCUGUCGCAGCUACAGCCAGACCUGAAACAGAAACUGAAAGUUGAUUCAGUUGUGGCCUACACUCAAAAGUGCGUUGGAGAGGGCAGUUAUGGCCCAAACUCAAGAGUGCGUUGGACAGGGCAGUCAUGCCUCAUUGUUGGGCGGCUGUUGCACUUAGCACACUUAAUUAAUUGCACUGAAACGCCACAAGGUAUUCUGUCAUAAACCCAGAGGAAAGAACAAGGCGGGGAGACACAUAACUGAUUUGAAUUGUACUCAAGAGCGGAAUUACCCAGCACCCAAUGUGACAGCUGACCAAUAACUACAGUAUGUACUGCCACUGUCUGGUUUAUUGAAGGAUUUGUUUUUUUCAAUGAAAAUGUUUGUAUUUUUAUAUAUAUUCAUAUAUACUCAGUAUUUGUUUUUUUUACAAUGUUGUAUCUGAAUAUGGAAACAAGAGUGAGAUUUGAAGCAAAUCAAACUAAUCCAUUCAUCACCUACUUGAAUGAAAGCAAGCACAGGAGGAGAGUCACUAGUCUGUAAAUGUUGUCAGAAAGAUUUUAUUGUAAUUUUACAGAGGAGUUAUGAAUUGUGUGUACAAUAAGGAGUUUGUCAAUACAUUGGAUGAGCACAUUCUGAGACAAAUAUAUUCUACCUCUUGGCAACGAGUGUCUGUUUAAGUUAAUAUGAUUAACUUUAUGGUCCUCUGGCCAUACAUGUUAUUUAUUUGUCUUGGAGAUGGAGAAGAACUGUCAUUUGGCAGCAAUUACACAAUUGCUGUUUAGAAAUAUUUAUGUAGGCGACUUUGUUUACUUUGACUUUUUACUCUCCUAUCAAAACCCAUGGACAGUUUCUCUAAGCCCCUUAGCGGAACUUCAUGGACGUCUGGGAUCACCAUAGCAACCUUGUUAUUUGCUUCAAAACAACACUGUGCCUUCAUGAUGGACCUGACUGCAGAACGGCUGUGGCCCUGCUCUGGCGCAGACGUGGCCUGAAUCAGUACCAGGUCCAGGGCGGGCUCGGCCCAGCGCAGCGUCCACUGCUACCGUGGGUCAUCAAGAGGUGGAAUGUUGACAAUCUGAACAGAAAUGGGACACGCGAUACACUGUGAUGAGCGUUCCGACGCCAAUGAGUGAAAAUUCCUUUCCUUCGCCUGCCUGCGUCAGGCUUAACGUACGCUGACACCCUGUCAGCAUUCUUACUUACUGUGGAGGAGGAGGAGGGGGAGAGGAGGAGAGGAGGGAGGGAGAGAGAAAGAAAGAGAGAGAACUAUCUGAACUGAGAAAGAAAAAGAUGUGGGGGAGGGGAUGUUUUAGCGGAGUGGUAAUGUGACUCCUGUCACAUGGGACGUACUAGAUUGUAAAAUAGCUCUUUCUCUCUCUGCUCUGCUCUGCGGUGUCUUUUAUCAGCACACGCAAAUGCAGCCGGUAGAGGAGGCCCCUCUCAGAAUGACACUCUGCCUUUCUACUUUUAUCUUACGGACAGAAAUGUUCCUGAAUAUUUUUACACGGUUUCAUAACAGGCAGUGUGUGUGUG